GAGUUCGGACUUAACCAGUACUAAAGCCUACAGCCUGACUGUCGCGAAUUCGCACUGAAGCUCAAGGCUGAAGUCGGCCAUGUCGACGAAAGACGCUGACUUCGUAGUCAGCCUGCAAUCCCAGAUUGAUGCUCUUCAAACCAGGGUUAUGGUAUGAUCAGUCUCUGUUUGUUUGCCGGGAAAGUGGGAAAACCAAAACGAGGAACUCAAAGGAAAUGAUUUUCUUGCUUUCUGGGGUUAACUGGGCUUUAUUGGAAUUAGAGGCUGAAAAUGCAAAGUUAUUGUCUCAACUCACAAAUUGUGGCAAGCACGGGAUUGAGGAGAAAUUACACAGUUCUGAUGACAAACACAUGAAAUCAAAAAAAGGAAACGUGAAGACAGAAGAGAAGAUACAAAAAGUGCCAGGCUAUCAGUUGAUGCUUAGCAAACAUAGCAAGAGAUAUGUUGCUCUGAAAGUCAUGUACUUUGGAAAAAGGUUCUAUGGUUUUUCGUCAGAGGCACAAAUGGAUCCAACUGUCGAGUCUGAGAUUUUUAAAGCUCUUGAGAAAACAAGGCUAUUGGUUGGUGACAAGAAGGAGUCACAAUAUUCAAGAUGUGGUAGAACAGACAAAGGUGUUUCUUCUGUUGGACAAGUAAUAGCUCUUUUUUUAAGGUCAAACCUCAAGGAAUCAGGAACAAAUAAUAGAAAUGCUGGAGAAAUUUUUUCAGAAGAGCAACAUGAAGGGGACAUUGAUUAUGUGAAGGUGCUAAAUCGAGUCCUUCCUAAUGAUAUUCGAAUUCUGGGCUGGUGUCCUGUUCCUGUUGAUUUCCAUGCAAGGUUCAGCUGUUUAAGCAGGGAGUAUGAAUAUUUUUUCUGGAGAGAAAACUUGAAUAUUCAGGCUAUGGAGAGUGCUGCCAAGAAGUUCUUAGGAGAACAUGAUUAUAGGAACUUCUGUAAAAUGGAUGCAGCAAAUGUACACAACUAUAGGCGGCAUAUCAACUUGUUUGAGAUGUCUCCUACUAAUGUGAGGUAUGAUGAUAAUCAACUCUGGGUGAUUAAAAUCAAAGGCACAGCUUUUCUAUGGCAUCAGGUUCGCUGCAUGGUUGCCAUUCUAUUCAUGGUUGGCAAAGGUCUUGAAUCUCCAGAUGUGAUUGAUAUUUUACUGGACACUAACAGGACUCCAAGGAAACCCCAGUAUAUCAUGGCAGCAGAGAUUCCAUUGGUUCUUCAGUCUUGUGAAUUUGCAGAUAUUAGGUUUAUGUGUUCUUCAGAUGCUGGAGAAGCCUUGCGUUUACACUUUGUGAAUGAAUGCCAAACUUUCCAGCUCCAGGCUGCAAUCUUCCACGAAGCUAUUCUUAAUUUCAUGCCUCCAUCAAAUGAUCAAAGCUUGCAGCGUUAUGAAGGAACCAAGAAGAAAGCUUCCCAUGUCCCUCUUAUGUCACGACCAACUGAGCCAUCAUAUGAGGAGCGGCGCGCCAAAUUCAGCUCAGCAUGAAGAUUCUACCAAUGAUAAUUUCAAUGACUGAUCUCUUUCUCUGAUUGAAUUGGAUUUCACUGAUUCAGCAUCAUAUGAGGAGCGGCGCGCCAAAUUCAGCUCAGCAUGAAGAUUCUACCUAUGAUAAUUUCAAUUUAAGAGGCCUUCUAUAUCUUGUUUUCCAUGAAUUGCACGAAAAGAAGUUCAUUUAUUUCUUACUUUCUAGAUUUUGCUUUUGAAUGUAGUGAGGCGUUGUUGGUGCAAUUUUUUUUAAUUAAGAGGGUUUUAAUUCUUUGCUGAAAAAAAGAGGGUUUAAAUUCUCACUAUUAUUCAUUACAGCCCAGAUCUUUAUCACCUGGAUAAUCUUAGGUGCCUUUGGGGUGCAAUUUUUAAGUGUUUGCUAUGUUAGGUUCUCUGGAGACAACAUUGGAGAUCAAUAUUUGAAGCCAAAAAUAACAUAAGCUUGUUCAAAA